CACCUUAACAUCGUUUCCGUCACUCUGGAAUUCCCCUAGCAAUAAAAGUCUUUGAUUAUUUUGAUUGAGCUCUCAGUGUAAAUAUUGGAAGUCACGUGGGCUGAACAAGAAGUCUUUUAAAGGAGGUGAAUAGAGUCAAUUUACUGGAGUUGAAAAUUACAGCUCGAGGACUGGUGAAGUGAAAUCUAAUACGGAAAGAGAAUUCUAACGGAAAGUUAUUGCGUUGAAGACUCGAAGAACCGAGCUCGAACUUUUUUGUGAUAUGGCAAAACAUGGAGUAUAUUUCGUGGUCACUUUGAUAUCUGUUAUUUAUAUACAAGGAACACUAUGCGAAACUUCGGGAGAUUUAGAUUCACAGGGCGGAAAAUUAAAACGGACUGAGCGUGAUACGGUUAUUAGUGACCAAGGGGAAAUUAUAAAUGUCCCUGAUGAUGAUGGACAUCUUUUUGAAGACGAUAAUGUUGAUAGUUUUCCAAGUGGAGAAGCCGAAAAGAAAAGCUUUGAUAUGUUGGCAAGUGGACUGGUGGGAAAACGUUACGAUGGACAAAGUUUUGAUCCACUUGCAAGUAGUUUAGUGGGGAAAAGAUAUGAUGGUGGGACUUUUGAUCCACUUGCAAGUGGACUAGUUGGAAAACGAUAUCGUGAUGGAAGUUUUGAUCAAUUAGCAAGUGGUUUAGUUGGCAAGAGAUAUGAUGGACGGUACUUUGACACUCUUGCUAGUGGACUUGUUGGCAAAAGAUAUGAUGGUGGUCAUUUUGAUAGUCUUGCAAGUGGCUUAGUCGGAAAAAGGUAUGAUGGAGGGCAUUUUGAUAGUCUUGCAAGCGGCUUAGUCGGAAAAAGGUAUGACGGCGGGCAUUUUGAUAGUCUUGCAAGUGGUUUGGUCGGCAAAAGGUAUGACGGAGGGCAUUUUGAUAGUCUAGCAAGUGGCUUGGUCGGCAAAAGAUAUGACGGACGGCAUUUUGAUAGUCUAGCAAGUGGCUUGGUCGGCAAAAGGUAUGACGGAGGGCAUUUUGAUAGUCUUGCAAGUGGCUUGGUGGGCAAAAGAUAUGACGGAGGUCAUUUUGAUAGUCUUGCAAGUGGCUUAGUUGGCAAAAGAUAUGACGGAAGGCAUUUUGAUUCUCUUGCAAGUGGGUUGGUCGGUAAACGGUACGAUGGACGACAUUUUGAUCCGCUUGCCAGUGGUUUGGUAGGAAAAAGGUACAGAUACUUCGAUACCCUAGCUAGCGGUCUUGUCGGAAAACGAAAUAUUGGCAACACACAUUUCAGAACAUUGUUAAAUGCUAAACGAAACUGGUAUGAUAAGAGAUAUAGGUAUUUUGAUACUCUGGCAAGCAGUUUAGUUGGGAAAAGAAGUGGACAAGCGACGACAGAUAAUGAAAACAUGAACGGCGAUUUGGAAAAUGAGCCAUAUCCAAAUAAAAACAUGUUGUUCAAAAGACAAUUUGAUGACCUUGCAAGCUCUUUGAUAGGCAAAAGAACAGAUGAAGUUGUAAGCUAAUACACUUUAGAAAACGUUUCAAUAUAUGGAAGUGUUAUUUUGUUAUAUAGAAAGAAAAAAAAACUUCCUUUGAAAAUUCACUUUUUUUUCAGAAACAGUAAUUUUUUUCAAAACGCAAAGUAAUAGUGAUAUUGACUAUAAUGAUAUCCUUUAGAUCUACAGUAAAUGGAUUUGAAAAUUUGGUUUUAAUUUAAAUAAAAUGAAAUACAUAUA